ACAGUUUUCAGUUUCGAUUUAUACGCACGUCGCGUUGUGCCUCUGCAACUGUUUGUACUUCUGUGAACGUGUUUAUUUAUUAAUCAAUUUCUGGCACUCAUUAAUAUUGUAUAGAAAAAACGAAAUCAACGACAAUUCCUUUUAAUCGAACUCCCUGUUCACUUUCAUAAUCACAGCAAAUUUGAAUUCGACAUACUUACGCGGUUGGAGAACACCGUAAUUAUAUUAAUACAUACUUACAUAUACAUACAUACAUAUGUGUCCGCUAAUAACUAUAGUAUAACAACAAAAAAAUCGCUGUUCGAUGUGAAUGGAUGGGCAAAUAUCAAAUGCUUUAAAAUUAGAUAUUAAUUUCUGUGCGUUAUCGGCUCACUGCGACGACCUAAAUCGGCAGCUAGUUUCUUACACGAGUACAUUAGAUAAUGAACUGAACAGAAAGCAUACAAAUGCGAACCCUGAAUGUGUGCACUAAAUGUUUAUUGAAAAAUAAACAAAGAAUAAGAACACAUAACUAAUUGAAUGAAUAACAAUCCGCGGUGACGUCCAAAGUAGUGUUUGCUGCGAAUCCUUCACUUUGUGUUUCUUUAUGCCCCUCACUUCCAUUUCGCGGCACUGCGCAUGUGUUAAUUAUUUGGUGUCAAAGCGAAUGCUGACUAACGUUGGCCAUUUGCACAAAAAUCUGAAAAUAAUAAAUGUUGUGUUUUGUUUAUAAGUAUUAAAUAAUGUCAUUAUACAUCAUAAAUUAUACGAAAAUUAGAUUAUUAUUAAGUGCACAGAGUUCACAAGAAGUAAAAAUCACUUCGUCAUCCACAUUCAAAGCAAAUCUAAACAAAGUCUAUGAGUGAGUAAAUUCAGUGUAUGUAUAUGUGCGUUCAAGAUAAUAGUAUAUACAAAUGUAUGUAUGUGACGAGUUUUCCUAUUUUUCUUUGUUUAAACGGUCUUUAUUAAAAAUAUUAAAGUAAGUUUCGCAAUUUUCUUUGAAUAUAUAAUUGCGAUUAGAUUUGUUUAUUGACUAUUUGAAUUCCGUUAAAUAAAUUGUGCAUAAAUACGUACAUUCUGUAUACAUAAGUAUACGAAAUCAAGCCAACAGUUGUUCACAUCUCAGCACUGCCUUCGAAACACAACAAGUGUAUUAUAAAAAAAUGUUUCGAAAUUCAUCAAUUACUAUGCCGACUAUAAUCGCUUUGUUCGUAAUAAUGGCUGAGCUAAUUGCGGCGACGGAAGGCGUCCCGCGCUAUCAUCAGUAUGCCAACAAUGGCAAAUCAGCUGUUUCUGAGGAUACAGUGUACAAUUACCUAAUGGAGUUUGAUUAUCUACCUAAGUCGGACAUCGAGACGGGAGCGCUGAGGACCGAAGAGCAGCUGAAGGAUGCCAUACGGAAACUACAGCGCUUUGGCAACAUUCCGGCCACCGGUGAAAUAGAUGAAGCCACACAAAAACUGAUACACCGGCCUCGAUGUGGUGUGGGCGACAACACUCGAACAGCCAAUUUCUCGCCAGAUAAUCUACAAUACGGACAUCAUCGUAUGAAGCGCUACGUACUGCAGGGACCCAAAUGGGAUAAGACGGAUUUAACAUGGAGUUUGGUGAAUUGGACGAUGGAGGAUGCCCCACAGAUACGGCGAGCACUCACAGAAGCUCUUAGUGUGUGGGCCCACAGCUCCAAGUUGACUUUUAGGGAAGUGAGGAGCGACCAAGCCGAUAUCCAAGUGCUUUUUGCCCGCGGAGACCAUGGUGAUGGUUACAAAUUCGAUGGGCCUGGUAUGGUGCUUGCUCAUGCUUUUUACCCUGGAGUGGGGCGCGGCGGCGAUGCACAUUUUGACGCCGAUGAGAAAUGGCAUUUCACUAGAGGUGAAAGAGGCGAUUCAACAAACUUUCUCGGCGUUGCAGUUCACGAAUUUGGACACUCCUUGGGUCUCGGGCAUUCCUCUGACCAAAACGCUAUUAUGUAUCCAUGGUAUCAUGACAAUGAAGUUGAUAUUAAUCUUCCUGCUGACGAUCGCAAUGCCAUUCAACAGUUGUACGGCUCGAAAGAUAAGACAUGGGGACCCUUUAAACCUCCAACUCGACCAAAAACUCCACCGACAACAACAACUACAACCACAACCACUACACGGCGACCUCUAGUAUAUUACCCACAGAACCGACACAACGAACCUUAUGAUCCACGGCGAAGAUAUCCUUAUAACAACAAUCCACACCAACGUGAUCGGAAACUUCCAACCACAACGACUUAUAGACCACGUACUGACUCCCCUCCACAUCCCACCAGGACUUGGUAUCCACCUCCUCAACCAACUAAGCCAAAAAAAUUGAAACCCGAUACAUGUCACACUACUUACGAUGCCAUUUCGAUCAUACGUAGAGAAAUAUUCAUAUUUCGUGGACAGUUCCUAUGGCGGAUUGGUGAUCACGGCCUAUAUCCAGGAUACCCAACCUACACUCAUCGGCUGUGGGCUGAGUUGCCUAAGAACUUCUCCAAAGUUGAUGCAGUAUAUGAAAACAAAGAUCGAAAAAUUGUUUUCUUUAUUGGUCGUUAUUACUAUGUCUUCGAUUCAGUUACGUUAGUUAGUGGUUAUCCGCAGCCACUCACUUCUUUAGGUCUACCGCAAUCGCUUACCCACAUAGAUGCCGCUUUCGUGUGGGGCUACAAUAACCGCACUUAUCUCACCAGUGGUACUUUAUACUGGCGAUUAGAUGAAGAUACUGGGCGUGUAGAAUUAGACUAUCCUCGUGACAUGUCCAUUUGGCGUGGUAUUGGUUACAACAUAGACGCCGCAUUUAAGUAUACCAAUGGUAAGACCUAUUUCUUCAAAGGCUACGGCUACUGGGAGUUCAACGACGACUUAAUGGAAGUAGCGCACCCACGCCCGAAGCUCAGUGCACGCAAGUGGAUGCACUGUCCACGCCUCGUCAACGAAGUCGAUGAGGAGCAAACGUGGACAGCGCCACUCAUAUCCGAACGAAACGAAACAAUGGUUUACUAUUCACCUAGUAGCGGAGCUAGUUGGAAUUACGCCCAAAGAAGGAUGGUGUUCUGGAUUAGCCUUUUCCUGAUAUCGCAUCGGUUGUGGACAAAUAUAUCAUGGACUACAGUCUGACGUCUAUAAACGCAACGUUUACCAUUAUGAAUUUGAGUUUUAAAAGCAACGUAUUUUCAAAGUUUCCUGAUGUAUUAAAUGCGGUCUUAGUGAAAUACAUUGCGUCUUCAUACACCUAUACCAUAGCCAUUCAAACAAAAUCAUACAAUUAGUAAUUUGGUAUGUUACAAGUACCAUAUAUAGCAUAUCCGACUUGUCGUUAGAGGAAAAUAGUUUAUUUAUACUAAUUUUGAAGAAUUGAAAUUCUGUAAAUAAGAAUAAAUAUAAAUAAAUUCCGACUCACAAAUUGACAUUAGUA